UGAUCCAGUUAAACCAAACCGGGUGUUAUCUCGAGUUCGUUUUGAUGCAGUUGUCUUGGUAGAUCCUAAAUGUGACCCCGUUAGAUAUUUACCGAGUGUAAACCAUAGAAUGUGUAACCAUAUAGGAUAACUAGUGAACAUAUGGCACAUUUAUAGUUUAAAACAAAUUGUGUAUAAUGAUGACAUGAUGUUUAAAUAAUUCUUCUUUUUCGGUGAGAUUUAGACUUUACACCGACACAAUGAGACUAAGUCUGGUAGUUAUGGUGACCGUCUUAUCGGGAAUCGCGCAUAUCGUUGCUGCACAUACUGGGGUACCUGAAUCUGGAAUGGGGAACAUGCAGGGUACCACUAUGCAAGGAAUGAAUGAUAUGACAGGGACGACGGGUACCAACAUGUCAGGUAUGGAUACAAUAACUGAUAAAAAUACAUCAGGAAAUAAUAUGACAGGAGGGAAUAUGCAUGAAACGAAUAUGACAGAGGGACAUAUGCAUGGAACGAAUAUGACAGGAGGACAUAUGCACGAAAUAAAUAUGACAGGAGGACAUAUGCAUGACAUGAAUAUGACAGGAGGACAUAUGCAUGAAAUGAAUAUGACAGAGGGACAUAUGCAUGUAAUGAAUAUGACAGGAGGACAUAUGCAUGACAUGAAUAUGACAGGAGGACAUAUGCAUGAAAUGAAUAUGACAGAGGGACAUAUGCAUGUAAUGAAUAUGACAGGAGGACAUAUGCAUGGAAUGAAUAUGACAGGAGGACAUAUGCAUGAAAUGAAUAUGACAGGAGGACAUAUGCAUGAAAUGAAUAUGACAGGAGGACAAAUGCAUGAAAUGACUAUGACAGGAAUGAAUGUGUCUGGAACGAAUAUGCCUGGAAUGAAUAUGCCUGGAAUGAAUAUGCCUGGAAUGAAUAUGCCUGGAAUGAAUAUGCCAGGAACGAAUAUGCCUGGAAUGAAUAUGCCUGGAACGAAUAUGCCUGGAAUGAAUAUGCCUGGAAUGAAUAUGCCUGGAAUGAAUAUGCCUGAAAUGAAUAUGCCUGGAAUGAAUAUGCCAGGGAUGAAUAUGCCUGGAAUGAAUAUGCCAGGGAUGAAUAUGCCUGGAAUGAAUAUGCCAGGGAUGAGCAAAUGGCCGUGCGAAAUGUCCGAUGGAAUGAUGACCUAUUACCAUGACGGAUACUGUGAACAAAUCCUGUUUGACGGACUCAUCACCUCAAGUAACAAAGGGAUGAUAGCAGCGUGCUUCGCCGUCUUCGUCUUGUUGAUUCUGUUUGAAGCUAUAAAAUUAGGCCGUGAGAAGCUGCUGUCCCAUGCCAGACAAAGACAGGCGGCUGGCAGCGCCGACAAACCACUCAGUUAUACAGGCCGGCAACCCUCUGCCACCGUCAGUGUGCGGUCCCAGAUGCUGCAGGCGCCACACGCCCUCCAGUCCCUGCUAGUCCUCAUCCAGACGUUCAUCAGCUACUGCGUUAUGAUGAUCUUCAUGAACUACAACGCCUGGCUCUGUCUCGCAGUCGUCCUGGGGUCCGGGGCUGGCUACUUUCUGUUCAACUGGCGCCGCGCCACGCAAAGUAACCAUGGUAACCCACACGACCUGGAUCUGAAACCUAUGGCGUAGAUUACGCACCUGUUGUUAUGAUCUUAACCUGUCUAUAAUUAUCCAUGUUUAUUAACAAUAGUGAAUGAGUGUUAAGUAAGAAUGAAACCGAGAGGGUGUUCGCGUUGCUUAUUUGCCUUUAAAUAAUGAUAGUGCAAACAUAAUUUGAACUUAAUAUGCUCUGCAAGCACAUAAUGUAAUUUACGAUGAAAACUUAAUGUUACUACAAACCUCUUAAAGUCCGGACUUGUUGAAAGUCUCCCAAUAUUUUAUACCAGUAUACUUUAAAACACAGGUAUGUUUGUGUUACUAGUAUACUAUUCAUAAUCGUUCUUACGUGUAUUUAGUCACAUAUAUCAUAAAUAUUCUUACAUUUAGAUUAGUAGAAACAUAAGAUUAUUUUCAUACAAUUGGAAUUGUAUAAAGUCAUUUCUUUACACGUUUUAGUAACAACUGGUUAUUAGAAUUUUCAAUAGUAUUUUGCAUUUAAACAUGCAACUUAUGUGUAUAUUUUCUGAAUUAAAAUAUGAAUCGAU